AGCAACGCCGAGUAUCAUGAAGCGACGGAACAACGGUUCCUCUUGCUUCUGUCAGACGUCGGCCAAGAGGGGCGGGCGCGGCGGAUGCAAUGGUACUGAGGCGAACGAGCCACCCGGAUGGUGUAUCUACGCGGCGGUCGCCCUCGUCGCGGUCGGUUGCUAUCUAAAUGCGCUCGACUGCGACUUCGUACACGACGAUAUACCGGCGGUGGUGAGGAACAGGGAUGUGAUCGGCGAGGCAUCGUGGAGCAGCGUGCUCAACGACGAUUUCUGGGGCACGCCGAUGGAGAGCAUCAAUAGUCAUAAGAGUUAUCGACCAUUCACCACUCUGACGUUUCGGUAA